GCCGCCAUCACAUUCGUUGCUUCGUUCGGGUAUUGUUCAUUCGUUGAUCACAAUUUGGUAAUUGCUCGUUCAAUUGCCAUCACGUCGUUUUCGCUUUUUCCUGCACAUUUAAAUUAGUUAAAAUAUUAUACAGUAAAAUUAUAGUAUUUUACUUUUAUUGUAUAACUAAAAAUUUGACUAAUGCUUCGAAAAACGUAAAUUUAUUACUUUUUUCGUAACAAUAAGUGAAAUACGCAGUAGAACAGAGCAGCAAAGUGAUCGGAAAAUUGUGGAAAAAAUCACCAAUUUUCUUUUUUGGAGCUCCUCACGCACCUAAAGAAAAUAUAUACACUUAUUGACUACUGCAGGAAUCGUAGUGAAAAUCGACGCGACAAAAAAUAAGCCGUAUGAUAUAAAUCCACUUUAAUUGAAAGCGGAAAGGCUGAGCAGUUUUAUUGGAACGUAGAACUGGAAUCAAAAACUUCGCAUCGAAGCGGAAUACUUGAAUAUUUCGGUGAAAUAGUUGGUAAUUGAAGCAUUGGAAUCUGCGUGGAUUGCACAGCGUUUGACAUAAAAUAAUAAAAUACAAACGAAUCUUCUUCGUCAAGACUUUACCUAAGAGUAAAAAUGUAUGCAGGUGGUUAUGCGGUGAGCGGUGGAAGUCCACAAACCAACUCUAAUGGAUUCUAUGGUGCCAGUGGCGUCGCAGGUGGUCCGCGUCCUGACCGCCCCCAUUACCAACGAAAUGCUAUUAACAAUGGCAACAAUGCCGGUAUGCCAUAUGGUGGUGGAUCUGCAUUGUAUGGUGGCGCCCAAAGCUCUUAUCGUGGGGGCAGCAGCUCUAAUUCGAUGGUGACAAGUGGGGGUCCGAGCUUCUAUGGCAGUGGUGUUGCCACUCCUGGAGGCUACCAAGCUCGUGGUAAAAAUCCGAAUUUCGUACCACGUUAUCAAAAACCAAACGGCGGCUACCAACCUAAUAGCGGCUACCACGGUGGUAUGAAUUUAGGUUUAUUGAGCAAGGAAGAGCGAGCCGAACUUCAGCGUGAAAAAGCUAAAAAUCCCGGUCGUAACCUACAAAUCCCACUUUGGGAAAAUUUACAACCUUUCAAGAAGAAUUUCUAUGUACCACAUCAAAACACAUUGAAUAUGAAUGAACAAGCUGUUGCUGAGUUACGCAAUGAGUUGGAGAUAACAGUUUCGGGAAAUGGUAUUCCCCAUCCAGUAUCGACAUUCGAGGAAUGUUCUCUGCCAGAAUAUACAAUUGAAGAGAUGAAGCGCCAGGGCUUCACUAAACCCACUGCUAUUCAAGCACAAGGUUGGCCGAUUGCUCUUUCUGGUCGUGACUUAGUUGGUAUAGCACAGACCGGUUCCGGUAAGACGUUGGCAUAUAUGUUGCCUGCUAUGGUACAUAUUGCAAAUCAGCCACCAUUACAACGUGGAGAGGGUCCCAUAGCAUUGGUAUUGGCGCCAACACGUGAAUUGGCUCAGCAAAUACAAUCUGUUGUUCGUGAUUAUGGACACUUGUCUAAACCUGAAAUUCGCCAUACCUGUAUUUUCGGUGGUUCUUCAAAAAUACCGCAAGCUCGUGAUUUGGAAAGAGGCGUUGAAGUCAUUAUCGCUACACCAGGCCGAUUAAUCGAUUUCUUAGAGAAUCGGAACACAAACUUGCAACGUUGUACCUAUUUGGUAUUGGACGAAGCUGAUCGCAUGCUGGACAUGGGUUUCGAGCCACAAAUUCGUAAAAUAAUAGAGCAAAUUAGACCCGAUCGUCAAGUGGUAAUGUGGUCCGCAACUUGGCCCAAGGAAGUACAGGCACUGGCCGGUGAUUUCUUAAAGGAUUAUAUUUCUAUAAACAUUGGCUCGAUGAACUUAUCAGCUAAUCACAAUAUUCGACAAAUUGUAGAAAUUUGUCAAGAAUCUGAGAAGCCACAACGGGUUAUCAAGUUGCUAAAAGAAGUAGCACCUACCACUAAUAAUGCUGCUAACAAUAAUAACAAGAUUAUUAUAUUUGUCGAAACUAAGAUAAAGGUCGAAGAAAUAUUGCAAAUAAUUCGCAAUGAAGGUUACACCGCCACUUCCAUUCAUGGUGAUAAGUCCCAGCCUGAACGUGAUUCAGUGUUGAAAGAUUUUCGCAACGGCAAAUCGAAUAUUUUAAUUGCCACCGAUGUGGCCUCACGUGGUCUAGAUGUAGAAGAUUUGCAGUAUGUCAUCAAUUACGAUUAUCCAAACUCAUCUGAAAACUAUGUACAUCGUAUUGGACGUACUGGUCGUUGCCAGCAGUUAGGCACAGCUUAUACUUUAUUUACUCCUGACAAUGGAAAACAGGCACGCGAUCUAAUUUCUGUGUUGGAGGAGGCCGGUCAGGUACCUCCACCGGCUUUAAUGGAUUUGGCACGCUCUUCAGGCGGAAAUGGUAAUGGUCGAGGCAACAAUAAUCGCCGCUGGCAGCAACAGCCUCCUCAUCAGCAACGCACCAAUCCACUAAAUUAUCAGGCGGGCAACAACGCUAACGGUUCGUAUGUCCCGAAACAGAAUCAUUAUCAGCAGCAAAGCAGCGGCAUAUAUCAGCAACAUAACAGCGCUAGCAGCGGUGGCGCUGGCGGCAACUGGAACAAUCGUGCAGGUGUGGUUAACAGCGGCACUGGUGGCCAGUACAAUAGCCAAGAUGCAAGCGGCGGCCGCACUUAUCGUCCACGUGCACCGUUCAACGCGGGUGGUCCUCGCCCUAUGAUGGGCUAUAUGCCACCACAUAUGCAACAAAAUAACGGCUACAUACCACAACAACAAUAUCGACCACGUGGUCAACAAUUCAUUCCACAACAAACUGGUAAUGUACCUCGUUUCCAGCAAUAUCAAAAACGCGAAUAUAAUCCACACUACGACAAACAGCAGCAACAACAAAAUGUUGCCAAUGGCGGGGCUGCUGGUAGUGUUGAGCUUCAACAGCAUAAUGGUGUUAUAAAUGGCGCUGCAGUUACCAUUCAGCAGCAGCAACAACAACAGCAGCAGCAACACCAACAACAGGUGAAUGUAGCUGCCAACAUAGCAGCUGCUGGCGCUGCCGGCGGUCAAUUGGGGGGUGAGUAUCCCAGCAAUGUAUCGACACCACCGGCUGCGGCAUUAUAUGCAGCACCUGCACAAUCGCCGCCGACUGCAGCUGCCAAUACCGCUGCUUAUAUGUAUGAUGCUAGUGGUGUUUUAGCAGCAGCAGCUGCUGCCGCUGCUGCCAAUCCAUAUGGAGGCUUGCCACCACAUGCCACCGCUGCUUACUAUCCACAUCCACACCAGUUUGCCGCUGGCGUGGCACCGGCCACGGCUGCCGAUGUUUUGCAACAGCAGCAGCAGCAACAACAACAACAGCAGCAGCAGCAAAGAGCGUAAGUGCAUCAGACGAAAAACGAAUUUUCGAAGUGCGCAUAGCGAAUAUAUAAAAUAUACAUUUCUUCAAUUUUAUCGACUUAAAAAUAUUAAUUACUUAUUGAUACUACUACAACAGAAAAAAAAACAUUCAUAAAUAAUAAUCGAUAGAGAGUAAUUGUUCACGGUGUUCAUUGGAUUGAAGCCGGAAUGUGCUAAAACGCAAAAGUGCAUUUCCUAAUUUUUAUAUAUUAUUUCAUAACAAAAAAAUAUUAUUCCGGUUUCUAUAAGAUCAUAAAAUUAAGCGAGCAACUAAAAGAAAGCAGUCAGUAACUAUGCAACAACAAUUUAAACGCUGAAUUUUUGACAACAGCAUCGAAUGAAAUGAAAUUCGAAAUUUGUUAUUUUCGUACAAAAAAUGCGAAAACCGACAAAAUGAAAACCUAUUUUACAACACAUUUCUAGUUAUUCAUUAAUAUAAUUUUAACGAUAUUCCGCAAAAUAUUUACUUUGCAUCUGAAUUAAUACCUGUUAAGUAGAGAACCGCGAAAAAAAAUCGUCUUACAACGAUUACAUCUAGUUUUUUUUUAACUUUUUGUUUCUAUUUGUUUGCUUCACUUUAUAUGAAUUACCUAAAAUUAAUUGUAUUAACUUUACAAGUAGAUUUCUCAGGAACAGCUCAUUUUUAUGAUAGUUUUGAUGAUAGUAUCAAAGUAAAUAGGAUUAUAGAAAAAAUUUGGCCAUCGAACGAGGAUCAUAUUUAAAUUUUAAUGAAAACAGAUUUCAUCGAAACGCAAUUCAGUCGAUUUCAUUGCAACUAAUAUUUAGGAAUUGAAAUCAUUAAUUUUGAAAUCUAUAGAUUAGAGCGGAUUAUGUAAUUGUACAAUAUUAUUUUUGCGGUCCUUGCCACCAUAAACUAAUAAACAAAUUUUGUUACAUAGUUUUGAAAAUAAAAGACAUCAAUUACACUAAUGAGAAACAAUUUUAACUCAGCAAUUCAAAGCAAACAAAAAAUCGUAUAUGAAGAUUAUCUUAAUUUAAACUUGUAUAACUUACAAAAUCUUUAUUUGGAACAGACAAAUCUCGCCAAUUUAAAAAUUUGACGUGUAAAGAAAAGAAACAUAAAAUGCGCCGCAUUCAUCCAUACAAACAUAAAAUUAAAAGUUAUAUAUGUAAUUGCAAACUUAUGCAAACGAACAUAUAAAAAAACCAGAGCGAAGAAUUUCCGAACGUUAGAGUAAAUGUUGACAUUUUUAUAGAUGCAGUUUUUUUAAGUUUUGCUUUUACAGUUGUUAAACAGAGAAUAUCCGACGCUUAUUAAGUUCACUCUAACAUUCGUCCCGGGGUUUAGCUACAAUCGGAAGUUAAAAUAAUGUUAAGUUCAUAUACAAUGAUAAAGUAAACGUUUAACCUAUUAUAGAUUUUCGUACUAGUCUAAAUUUACGUUUUAAAUAUUUUUCUUUAUUUUUGUAAGUGCUUCAAAAGUGAAAUUUGAAAUGUUAAAACUUUCUAACGAACCUCGCGCCGUGCGAUUGUUUAGAAUUGUUUAAUAAAAAAAAUAUCCUUUACUUCGUUUAGAGACCUUUUUUCUCUUAAAUUCUUAAAUUAGCCGAACGUGAGUUAGCACAGCAUUGUUAAAACAGUCCUUAAGGAUAAGUAAUUAAACGUUUACUUUAUAUUGUUAUAGAAUGAAUGUCUACACAUUUCAGCGGUAAACAUAUGCAGACCCCAAAAGCAAUUGAAAAACUUCAGACAUACACACACAUUAACAUUUGGUAAAACGUAUGUAUGUAGGCCCUUUAAACGUAACGCAUAAUGUUAAUAUUAUUUCCCUAAAACAUACAUACUAGAUAUAAAAAAUAAUAAUUCCCCCUAUUAUGAAAUUUCAUACGAUACCAUAAACACUUGCAAGCGCACAAUACAAGCGUAUAAUCAAGAGAUAGAAAAGAAUGCGCCCUGAGCCUUGCUGUAACGUCAUCAACGAAAAAGUAUGAAUAGCAGACAAAGAAGCAGUGGCAAAAUCCCAUACAAAUGAUAAACCAAAUUGCGGACAUUCACGUAAAAUUGUAAAAUAAACUAGUUUAUUAUGAGAAAUAUUAGAAGAAAAAGUAAAGUAAAUGUGCCAGGCAUAUAUGUGACGAAAAGCAACCUAAAGUUGCCUAAUUGGAAAAUCUGUGAGCCAUAAUAUCUAAUUAAAAUUGAAGUGAGUUUGUGUUUUCUAUUAAAAAUUUUAUUGCACACAUAUAUUGUUGAAUAUCAAAUUAAUAAAUAACAAAAACUUGGUUACAAUUUUAGUCAAUAGUUCUUGCAAAUAAUGCACUUUUGUGGUUGUAAGGACUUGAUCGGCGGCAGGAACUAAUCAACUUCUGUGCCAAAGCCACAGAAAACUUAAAGGAAAAAUAGUUCUUCAUCAAAGAUUUGUCUGAUAUAUAGUUAUUGAAACUCGCCACUGAACACUAAAUUUGCAAUUUGUGGUAAAUUUUCGUUUCGCUUAUGACGUCACAUCAAAGAAGCUGGCUGUCAAACUCAAACCAAAAAAGAUAGCGGAACGUUGAGGACGCAAUCUUCUUUUCUAUCAUUCUUGAGCGUAUAAUAUAAAAUCAGUUUUUGUAUUAUGGUUUCCAUACACGGGGAAAGAUAUACGAUGGCAAUUGACUGUGUUUUUGUUUACUUUCUAUUGUGAACCAACACAAACUAGCUGUUGUUUUCUCGGAUUUUAUACAUCGAUUCGUAAUAUUUUAUAACGAAUACAAGAUUUUAUAGUGUAUCGUAUGAGUUCCUAAUAGGGGCGUGUUUAAAACUAUUCGAUACACAACAUAUUCGCACAUUUUUCCUGAAACCAUGUCUACUUAGCAUAUUACGUCAAAAAAUCGUAAAAUGAUGUAGCGUCUUCUUGAUUUACCACAAGAAAUUAAAAUAUGUUUACCUCGCGUAGAUAUAUUUAAAGAAAAAAUGCAACAAUUUGGGUAAUGAGUUCGAUUUUUGAACACAAUGUACUCCCAAAAGCUCUGUAGCUCUACUUUUGCAUUAAGGUCACUUCGAAUAAUAUAUAUGUAUAGAUAUAUAUUCGUCUACGAUAUUGCAUACGAAUACGAAUAUUAUAUCUAAAAGAAAAGUAUAUGUAAUGAUUUUACCCGGAACUCCUUCACUUUGCGCUACUCUGCUGCUAGUAUUCUCAACAAAAGAACACAAAAGUCGACAGCGACUUAGUAUUCAAGUUUUAAUGUUGAGGAAAAAAUAAAAUAUAUACAUCUUAGUUAUUUUUAGUAGACCUUAAAAUCAAACUUCUAAAAACGCUAGUAUCGAAGCCAAAGUCAAAUUAUACUAACAAGAGAAACUGGAAGUAUGCGAAACAAGAUAGAAUUUAAUAUAUACAUACAUACAUAUUUUUUUAAUUACCAUACGUACAUACAUACAUAAAUACUAUGUAAAUGUGAGGAAAUAAGCGAAAACAUAAAACGUGAAAUUUUAUUUAUAGGAAAUAGUUUAAUAUUUCAAUUAAAAAAUCAUUCGAAUAAUUCUAACCUAAAGUCCCCAUAAUCUAAAGGCAUAGGAUACACUUACCUAUAUGUAUAUACACAGUAUGAAGAUGUGUAUGUACAUACAUCCAUAUGUAUACAUAAAGACUUAUGUAAUUUCCAACGCUAAAAAGUAAUUUGUAGAAAAAAUUACUUAAGUAUGAAGCAUACAUGAAUGUAUAUCACUUUCAGAAUUGACGAAAUUCUGGGACUCGGGCUAAGGUUAUAAACCAAAUUCAAACAGUGUUUCUACAAGUUUUGCUUUAGAUGUAGAAGCAAUUCUGUAAAACAUGGUGUACUGAAAAUGGCAUAUUUUCGCUAUUAAUUUUUUACAAAGUAUCAAAUACAACUAUGUAUGUAUUAGGCAGGCUUUAAAAAAUGGUUUAUUAAUACGCUUACAUAGUAUACAAAAGCAAACCAAACAAACACGUACAUACAUACAUAACUACGUGUAUAACUACUGUAUGUAUGUAAGCAUAUAACAAUUUCGUUAUUUAGAGAUGAGAAAUUACACGGUUUAAAAAACCUGUUUGUAACGGAAAAUUGUUAGAAACCCUAAGCCACAUAGAAGCAGUUUAGUUAUUAGUUCCGCAAAGGACUUGGGUGCAUACUUCAUUUUUCAUUUGUGACAAACAAAAGACUUGAAACUGUCAUAAUUUGCAUCAAUUUGAAUACCAGCAGUAUUCAAUAGCACAACUAUGUAUGUAGUAUGUUGGUUGCACUCAACCUAAAGAUCUCUUAAUAAAAAAAAAAACAGACUACAUAGAAUCGUUGAAUUGAAAAUAGUUUCUUUUUUCGUUUACUUUUUAUACAUAUGUAUGUAGCUUGUAAUUCGAAUAAUUGGGGAAUGAAAAAUAAUUAUCAAAAGAAAAGUAUAAAUAAUAUUUUUUUUUGAUGUGGGUUUUGCAGUGAGAAUACUUUUUUUUUAGCAGGGUCUCUAUAUAUAUUAUACCCGUCAUACGGGUGUGCCGCGAAAUCGAAACUUCCCGGGUCCGAAAAUAUUGUUUCAAAAACAGUAUUUAAAGGGAUUUGUUUUGAAAAAGACGCUGUAUGUAUAAUUAAUACAAAUAUGUCAAAAGAUAAAAUAAAGAUUGAAUGCAACAACUGCAAAGCGACAACAAAAAUUAGCAUACAAAAAAAAACAACAAAAUGUGAUGUGAUAGACUUAACAAAAAAAAAA